AUGGUCGACGCGUCGAAGGAUGCGCCGUUUAAAACGGUGCAGGUAGAGGCCCUGGUGGUGAUGAAGAUUGUAAAGCACUGCUCGUCAAGCUUCCCGACCACGGCCACAGGGUCUAUUGUCGGAAUGGACAAUAACAACGUGCUCGAAGUCACAAAUACAUUCCCGUUCCCGACGCCCGACAUCUCGACCACCGACCACCAGACUGAUGCUUCAAGCCUCGCCGCAGCCCCUCGUGCGAAAGCCAACAUUGCGUACCAGAAUGAGAUGAUUAGACAUCUCAAGGAGGUCAACGUGGAUGCCAACAAUGUGGGAUGGUACACCAGCGCGAGCAUGGGGAACUUCAUCACUCUGCCGUUUGUGGAGAACCAGUAUCACUACCAGCGAGACAACGACAAGACGGUGGCGCUUGUGCACGACGUGAGCAGGAGUUCCCACGGUGCGCUGAACUUGCGCGCCUUCCGGCUUUCACCCGAGUUCAUGGCGGCAUAUAAGGAGGGUAAAUUUACCACUGAGAGUCUGCAAAAGUCCAAGCUGUCCUUCAAGGACAUCCUCGUCGAGGUCCCCGUAAUAGUCCACAACACUCACCUUCUCACCUCGUUCCUGCACCAAAUACCGGCGCCACCACCUGAGUCGCCCGAGAUCCCCCUGCCGGCCUCUCUCGACGACAUUCAGCGAGACGCGCCUAAGCUGCCCGCACACCCGACCUUUGACUUUCUCGAUCUCUCUAUCGACCCCUUUUUCGAGAAGACGUGCGAUCUGCUCCUCGAGAGCAUCGAGGCCCACUACACCGACCUUAACAACCACCAAUACUACCAGCGGCAGUUGACUCGCGAGCAGUUCAAGAUCUCCCAGUGGCAAGCGAAGCGCAAGGCCGAGAAUGCCGCACGCCUUGCCGCCAAGCAGGCACCCCUGCCCGAGGACGAGUGGCAGGGCCUGUUCAAGCUGCCACAGGAACCCAGUCGCCUUGAGGGUAUGCUCAACGCGCGCCAGGUCGAGCAGUACAGUAAGCAGGUUGACAGUUUUACCGCAACCACCACGUCCAAGAUGUUCGCCGUAAGAGGGAACUUGCUGCCCGAGUGA